AGGCAAAUGAGAAGGGGGUGGAGGAUGCACAGGGAACAGCAGCAGCAGCAGCAAAAAAAUGGAUGUGAUGUAAAAGCUGAGUCCAAUCGUGGGAUCCGUGCGGCAGCAGCGGCAGCAGCAGAGACAGGUACUGAGGCAGAGACUGUGAUAUGUGCCGGGGAGGCCCCUGUCUGCUUGUGUUCUGCAGGGAGAAUUUAGCAGCAGAAGCAAAGGGGAGCUCGGAGACAGCUGGAUAGAGCGGACAUCUGCCUGCUUCUGCCUCCUUUGUGUGAAUCUCCUGAGGAUAGAAAUGAUCCAUCCGGCACCCCUCCUUUGAGUUCCUAGUGCCAUGUAGAAGGUGCAUCCCCUGCUGCUCUCACCAGCAAUCGCCAGCGCAUUUCGCAGCAUCACUGAAGCUCAGGGGCUGAUGGAGGUAACCAUGGAUUUUGCAUGGAAAACAUCACACUGAUCCUUCCUCCGAUCGACUCUGCCUCCUUUUCCAUUGGGUUUUUAUUAUUAUUAUUAUUAUGAUGAUGAUGAUGGUGAUGGUAUGCUCCAUAGGAAUAUCUGGUAUAUCUCACAGAGCUCCCGUCUCAUUGGCUCUUAUUUAUCUGUCGGACGAUUAAAGGCGCAGGAUCGGGGCAUUUGGAGGAAUCUUGUGACUGAAAACAAAGAUUUUGCUCAUCAGAAUAACCCCCCCCAUUAACCUGUGGAGUCGUUAUCAAAUGGUCAAUGGGGUGUAUCCCAUACCUUCAGUCUGAGGAGCAACGGGGAAUCUAGGGGGGGGUAAGAUGCACAUCCAUCAAGGUUCAAUCGGACUGGGACGUUAUGAUUAGGAAUCCCCGCACCUCCUGUUUAGGAAUGGCUUGUUACCCCCCUCCGGACUCCCUGGACCCACAGAUGAGAGGCGCGUGUAGGAAAUGAAUACGGAUGUGGACGCCACUUGCUUCUCUCCAUUUGGUAGCGGCUCUGAAUUCCGGCCUAUAAAGCCGGUGUGAUGCUUAAAGGCCAAAUAAAAGGGCUGCGUGUUGCUUAAAAUGACAUAGACCUUUUUUUAUUGGAAACCUGCCCGUUGCCCCUUUUCAAAAACUUUUUUUUUUUACUGCUUUUUUAAUUUUUAAAGUAAAGCGAGCAAUACCCAGGCGAUAUAUGGAAAAGAUGCCCCGGAACCGAGCCUUUUCCGAGCCGGAGUACUCUGCGGAAUAUUCAGCGGACUAUUCGGUCAGUUUGCCGUCGGAUGCGGAGCAUGGGGUGGGCAGGACGCACGAGGUCACCGUACGGAGCUCUGGUUGUUGCCUCUGUUUGCCGCGCUUUAUGCGCCUCACCUUUGCUCCGGAGUCUCUGGAAAACCUCUACCAGACGUACUUCAGGCGACAGCGGCACGAGACUCUGCUGGUCCUGGUGGUCUUCGCCGCCCUCUUCGACUGCUACGUCAUCGUCAUGUGCGCCGUGGUCUACAGCAGCGACAAACUGGCUUCUACCUUGGUGGCAGCGGUGGGGCUCUUGGCUCACCUCUUGCUCUUCGUCCUAUGCAAGUUUGGCUUGUUACCGGACCGCAUUUCCCGUAAGUUUGUCCCCUACAUCCUAUGGAUCUUGAUAGCCGCCCAGAUCUUCUCUUACUUGGGCCUCAACUUUGCACAUUUCCACGAGGCAAGUGACACUGUGGGUUGGCAGGCCUUCUUCGUCUUCUCGUUCUUCAUCACUCUGCCCCUUCGUCUCACCCCCAUCGUCCUCAUCACCACCGUGUCGUGUGGCAUUCAUACCCUGGUGUUGGGCGUCACCAUCGCUCAGCAGCAGCAGGAUUCCAUCAAUGGCAAUGCCUUGUUACGGCAGAUCUUGUCCAACGUGGCCAUCUACCUGUGCAGCAUCAGCGUGGGCAUCAUGUCUUACUACAUGGCAGAUCGGAAGCACCGCAAAGCCUUUCUGGAAGCGCGACAGUCUCUCGAGGUCAAACUCAACCUGGAAGAACAAAGCCAGCAGCAGGAGAGGCUCCUUCUGUCCAUCCUGCCCAAGCACAUUGCUGACGAGAUGCUUAACGACAUGAAGAAGGACCAGGAGCAGAAAGAACUUCAGCAGUUCAACACCAUGUAUAUGUACAGACAUGAGAAUGUCAGCAUACUCUUCGCCGACAUUGUUGGAUUUACACAACUGUCGUCGUACUGCAGCGCCCAAGAGCUGGUGAAACUGCUCAACGAACUCUUUGCCCGCUUCGACAAACUGGCAGCGAAAAACCACCAGCUGCGCAUCAAGAUUUUGGGCGAUUGUUACUACUGUAUCUGUGGGCUCCCCGACUAUCGGGAGGAUCACGCUGCCUGCUCCAUAAUGAUGGGACUUGCUAUGGUGGACGCCAUAUCUUACGUGAGAGAGAAGACAAAGACAGAUGUGGACAUGCGGGUUGGAGUCCAUUCAGGGACAGUGAUUGGAGGGGUCCUGGGGCAGAAGCGCUGGCAGUAUGACGUUUGGUCCACCGAUGUGACCUUGGCCAACAAGAUGGAGGCUGGAGGAAUUCCAGGAAGGGUCCAUAUUUCCCAAAGCACCUACGACUGCCUGAAGGGGGAGUUUGAGGUGGAACCAGGGGAAGGAGGUACAAGGUGUGAUUAUCUGAGAGAAAAGGGCAUUGUGACCUACCUUGUAGUUGUACCAAAGCAGCCAAUAAACAAGAACGGCAUCAAUGGGGUGAAGCUGUCACUCACAUCGUCCCACGGGAACACUCCACAGCUAAUUAACACCAAGGAAUGCAACGGCAGCAUUCACACCACCUGUACCACCCCGGAUGAGAAUGAGGAGCUGGACACCAGGGUUGUGAAUCCAUCUUUCCCCAACCCACGAAGACGUCUGCGCCUGAGAGACUUGGCCGAGAGGGUUAUUGACGCUCAGCAGAACGAGCAGGAACUCAACAAACUUCUCAAUGAGGCACUGCUGGAGAGAGAGACCGUGCAAGUCCUUAAAGGGAAAUACACCUACCGCUUGUCCAUGCGCUUUAUCAACCCAGAAAUGGAGACCAGGUUUUCUGUAGAGAAGGAGAAGCAGAGCGGAGCUGCCUUCAGCUGUUCCUGUGUCGUGUUGUUAUUCACAGCCAUUGUGCAGAUUCUCAUCGACCCCAUGCUUGUUGCUAAUUACGUGACCUUCGUUAUUGGUGAAAUUCUUCUUCUAGUUCUGACGAUCUGUUCGCUUGCAGCCAUAUUUCCCAGGGUUUUUCCAAAAAAAUUAGUUGCCUUUUCUACAUGGAUUGAUCGGACAAGGUGGGCACGUAACACAUGGGCAAUGUCCGCCAUAUUUAUUCUUACAAUGGCAGAUAUAGUGGAUAUGCUCAGCUGCCUGCAGUACUACAGCACUCUCAAUAUGACGUCCCAUGACCAAGAAGCUUGGGGUUGUGUUGAGAACCCCAAGUAUUACAGUUAUAUUGCUGUACUGGCCCUCAUAGCCACCAUCAUGCUGGUGCAAGUCAGCCAUAUGGUCAAGCUAACUCUCAUGCUGAUGAUUACCAUUGCCGCCGGCGUGGUCAACAUUUAUGCCUGGAGACCGAUCUUCGAUGAUUAUGACAAUAAGAGGUUCAACGGCUACUUGGCUUUAUUGGUACCUUCCAAAUACUCCAUGACGGUCAUGAUUUUCAUCAUGAUGAUCAGCUUCUACUACUUUGCACGACACGUGGAGAAGUUGGCCAGAACAUUGUUCUUGUGGAAGAUCGAUGUCCAUGAACAGAAGGAGAAGGUUUAUGACAUGAGGCGCUGGAACGAAGCUCUGGUCACCAACAUGCUGCCUGAACAUGUUGCUAGGCACUUCUUGGGAUCCAAGAAACGAGAUGAGGAGCUCUACAGCCAGUCAUAUGACGAGAUUGGGGUAAUGUUUGCGUCCAUCCCAAACUUCUCUGAUUUUUAUACAGAAGAAAGCAUCAACAAUGGAGGAAUCGAGUGCCUGAGGUUUCUUAAUGAGAUUAUCUCUGACUUUGAUGCGCUGUUGGAUGAACCUCAGUUCCGUUGCAUCACAAAGAUAAAGACCAUCGGCAGCACAUAUAUGGCAGCUUCCGGGGUGACUCCUGAUUCGAACUCCAAUGGAUAUAACAAUACUUUAAAGAAAGAAGAAAUCUCUGACAAAGAGCGCUGGCAGCACCUUGCAGAUCUGGCAGACUUUGCCCUUGCCAUGAAGGUGACACUCAUGAACAUUAACUAUCAAUCAUUCAACAACUUCAUGCUCCGAAUAGGUUUAAAUAAAGGCGCCAUACUUGCGGGUGUCAUCGGUGCACGCAAGCCUCAUUAUGACAUCUGGGGGAAUACAGUGAAUGUCGCUAGUAGAAUGGAGUCUACAGGAGUCAUGGGCAAUAUACAGGUUGUAGAGGAAACACAGGACAUUCUGAAGGAAUAUGGAUUCCGUUUUGUAAGACGAGGUCCCAUUUACGUGAAGGGUAAAGGCGAACUGCUCACGUUCUUCCUCAAAGGACGGGACAAGCAAGGUUCCUUCAUCAACGGUUCUUCAGUCACCCUCCCGCAUCAAGUGGUGGACAACUCCUGAUAACUGACCAACAAGCCAACAUGGAGGAACCCAGCAGCCACACAAUCCAGUCAAUGGAAACCCUACAGGCAGAGAAGGAAGACUUUGCAAAUUGCUGUAGUUAAGGACAAAAAAAACAGUAAAAUUAUUUUUUCUUGAGUUGCCUUUUAAACAUUUUUGCUUCAACUGCUCCGGCAUUACAGCUUUGUCGCCUCACGACGAAAACAAGAGUCUGUUCCUCUCCUGAAACGGAUACAUUCGCUGGUCACUGGAGUCGAUAGCCUUGAAGGCUACGGAUAUUUGCAAUAAGAAUCCACGUAACAAGCCGACUGGAGCGUAAACGAUGAACGUGAUCAUGUGGCGUGAGAUGGAUUCCACCGCUUUACGACGGGACAACGAAUAGAGGACGAUGGCUUUGCCAUGAGCGCACGUGGGCAGGCCGAAGCCUAAAUACGAGUACUGGUUAUGAAAUGGACAACCCUGGAGAUGGGGCCAAUUCAUAGUGUGCAAUAUAUCUAAUUAUAUUUGGAUACAACGAAGGAAAGUCUAUCUAUAUAAGAUUCUAUAUCUACAAACGCACCCACACAAAAUCUACGUUUAUAUAUAUUUUUACUCAAUGGCUUGUAUUUCACUUUCAUAUACGGCCUGCACCCCUCAACCUGGAUCUCCUUCUGCCCCCAAACUAUCCGCCACAUUAUUCAGGUAUCGAUUGGGACGACCCAAAAUGGUUUCCUCUCCAAUAGAAUCAGUCGCUAUUGACCCACAGUGAACUUCUUCGAUCUCCAUUUUCCUCGCAGUCCGUAGCACCACGACGGGGCAUAUUCUCAGUGGCAAUAUCUUUAUUUAAAGUGGGGCCAACGCUAUGAUGACAGCGACAGUCACGCAGAGGGGGAUCAAUAUUGCGGUUGCCUAACUGUUGCAUUUUACAAUAUGGGGAAGGGUCUUGAUUUUUUUUUUUCUAGAUCUAUAUUUUUACAGAUAUAAAUUGCUCUCCUGCUGGUAGAUAAAGUCAUAUGUAUAUGCACAAGUAUCCCCAAACCUCAUGAUUUCUUCUCCAAAGGCACAGGGGUGGGGGAAAAGCUCAGAAAAAAAGAGGUGCAAAACUGUGCAUGCUUAAACGCUAUUACUUGCGCCUCUGCAUUGUUGAGCUGUAAUUGACUUGCCCUGCGACUUGAGCCUGAUUUACCAACUGGUGUCUGCAUUGGUAAAUCGCGCAUAAGCGGCAGCGAGCAACUCUAUUACGCCCCAUGUUCAUAAAUCAGCUAAUUAGACAAAGAAUUGCUGGGCCGGUUGCCCUUAUAUGGGAAUUAUUUUUGUAACAGAUAAAAGGGGAGGGGUUAUGUGAUAACAAGUAGAUGGGUAAUAGUUUAAUUCCUGUACAACAUCAACUGGAAUACAAAAUGGCAGCGUCCACAAGAAGCCCCUGCUCUUGUCCUCUGGUCCACAACAAGCACAAUUCUUGGUCCCCACAAAGUCCCUGGGUCAGAAUUUGAUCCCCCCCAAGUUCAUUGUAGAAGCAAAGAGUCAACUGUAUUCAAGUUGAUUUCUACGUACAACCGGCUUUAGGAGUGAACUACACCUCCCACAAACAACAACUGGAGGAAGGUGCAGUGCAGUCAAGGGAAAGGGCUUUUGGGGUGAUCCCAAAACAGCAUUGGGAGGGGGACACAGGUGGUAUAGACAAUGCUUUGUGCUGUAGAAUGUUAUUAGUAAAAUAUUUCUAAGCAGCAGUGGAGGAAAGCGAGGAAAGACUAACCAGUUUGUGGAACAUCACCAUCUUCUGCUGUCAGUUUUCUUUUUUGGGUAUCGCUUUUAAUAAAUUACACUCUUGCUACGAAA